AUGGCAUGUGUCUCAUCUAAAAUAGAUUUUCUUCAACAACAUACUUUUAUGAUGGCUUUAUUACCACCAUCCGAUGGUGUAACAUCACUCAAUUAUUGUCCUUCAUCAAAUCUAUUAUUAGCGUCUAGUUGGGAUACUACAGUAAGAUGUUAUGAUACAACAAACAAUUCAUAUAAAUGGCAAUACAGUCAUGAAUGUGCAGUAUUGGAUGCAUGUUAUCCUGAAAGAAAUAGAGUAUAUAGUGGUGAUAUUGAUGGAAAGAUUAAAAGCUUUGAUCCUACGGUCGGAGCAUCAUCAGAGCGAGUUGUUGGUGCCCACGAUAAAGGAGCAAAGUCUGUCAUAUACAAUGCAGAGGGUGGAUGUUUGUAUAGUGGCAGUUGGGAUACCACCGUCAGAGUUUGGGAUACACGUUCAAACAACAAUCAACAAGUUUCGAGUCACAGCGUCGAAGCACAAGUAUUUAGCAUGGCAUAUGCAUCAGUCACCAACAUGUUGGUUGUAGGCACUGCCGACAAGAUGGUAACCAUCUUUGAUACACGUCAAAUGGACACACCAUUCCAAAAGAGAGAAUCAUCAAUCAAAUACCAAACACGUUGCAUCAGAACAUUUAUCGAUGGUAGUGGAUACGCAUUGGCAAGUGUCGAAGGCAGAAUCGGUAUGGAAUAUUUCGAUCCAAAGGUUCAACAAGCUAAAAAAUAUGCUUUCAAGUGUCAUCGUGCAACUGAAAACAGUGUCGAUGUUGUUUAUCCUGUAAAUUCAAUAGCUUUUCAUCCAAUAUAUGGUACAUUUGCAACUGGUGGUUGUGAUGGUAAUGUUUAUUUCUGGGAUGGUCAAAAUAGAAAGAGAUUGUAUCAUUUAAGACAUUAUCCAACAAGUAUUUCAACUAUGGCUUUCAAUUCUGAUGGUACUCAAUUGGCUGUUGCAUCAUCUUAUACUUAUGAAGAAGGUGAAAAGGAUCAUCCAAAUGAUCAAAUAUAUAUUCAUGUUGUUAAUGAUAAGAUUAAACCUUUUGAGAAACCAGCAAAAUAG